AUGAGAUGGUUGGUCCGGAGGCACGGCUAUUAUUGGCCGACCAUUUUAAAGAACUGCAUAGAGUAUGCGAAAGGGUGUAUCAAGUGUCAAAUCUACGGCCCCGUACAAAGGGUGCCAACCGAAGCCCUCCACCCGGUUACUAAACCGUGGCAAUUUAGAGGAUGGGCCGUGGAUAUCAUCGGCAAAAUCUACCCAGCCGCAUCCAACUAG